AAAUCACAAAUUAACUAUACAAAUUGUUCAACACCAAUCUAGAAAACACAAGACAAUUGAAGCAAAUCACAAAUUAUCCAUAAAUAACACGAUUAAUUGAAAGCUUCUAUCUAGUGAUGGCAAUGGGGCGAGACGGGUACCUCAAUUCCCAUGCCCCGCCCCACGCUACUACGGGCGGGGCGGGUAAAACCCGCGCGGGUACGGGGCGGGGCGGGUCGCCCACUCUUACAUGUUAUUCGAAAAAAAUACAAGUAAAUUUUACCUUUUACGAUAAAAUGAAGGGUAAAACAAUUUAAGAAUGAAAAAUAGUGAUAAUAUAAUGGGUAAUUGAGUCUAACAAGUUGAAAGAGCGACUCUAACUAGUUGAAGAAAGGUAAAAAAUAUGAGAAAUAUGUAUAGAAAUUGUAAGAAAUAGAGAUAAAAUGAGUCUAGAACGGGGCGGGUCUGUGCAGGGCGGGUCAGAAGUAGAUACCCAUGCCCCGCCCCACACUACUGCGGGUCGGUAAUACCCGCCCCAUCGCGGGUCAGGUCGGGUAAUACCUGCGGGGCGGGUUGAAAUUGCCAUCACUACUUCUAUCUCCUUGUCAAUUAAGUUUUUUCAUUCUCCACUCAAUAACAUCAACUUCAUUCUACACAAUUAGAAAGAAAAAAUUAGACAUGUCUCCACAAACAUAAAUAAAAUUAGUUGUUUAGAAUAUUAAAUAUACCGAGAAAAUUAAUUAUAUGGGUGUGGGAGGGUACCCAUGGGGCGGGUUUACCUAAACCCAAAUCCAACCAACCCAGUGAAUAGUGAACAGGUUUAAACCCAAAACCGACCCAAAACCCGUCAACACAAUUUUACCCGCGUUGAUCGUGUUGGGUCGGAUGGGUACCCGUGGGAUCGGGUUUUGUUGCCAUCCCUAUUCCCACACCCAACUCUCCUCUCGUUCUUCGAAUUUUCCUUUUUUUUUUGUUUUUGUUAAUGACGGAUGGAAAGAAAGAAAAGAAGAAGUCAUUGGUUUAGGUCCAAGGGUCUGAGCCAACGGGUAAACAAGCUGGUCGCACCAUUUUUGUCCGGAUCUGUGACCUAACCGUGUAAACAACAACCCAGUGUGGAGUUGCUUCAGAUUCGGUCAAAAUAGGGGAAACCCGUUGGAACCGAUCGAUUCAACCAGUUGGUUAAGGUUUUCAGAUGCUCUUUAGCUCAUGAAAGUCAAUUGUGAUGCUUGAUUUCCGAUGUGUUGGUUGAGUUGGAGACAUUGGAGCAUUUACUUUUGGAUUGUCCAUUUCUGUAGAGUAUUAAGCAUAGGGUUUGACUAAUUUUAUGCCUUGUUCACUUCCCAUUUCGUUUUCUGUUUAUUGUUGCCAAAACAAAAAUUUGAAAACGUAGACGAAAAAAUGUGUUCACUUGUUUUCUAUUUUUAAUUGAAAAAACGAUGAGCAACGAAUGAAGUAUCUGGCCGAAAACAAGAAAAUGUCGUUUUCCAGGAAACUGACACACGGGUUUCUCCCCGGUUCCAGCGGAAAAAUGAUAAUUUGGUUUAAUGAGGUCGGGGAUUCGAAUCCCACGACCCCUUUUUUUUAAUUUCAACUUCCCUAUGACUUUUCCCCAGCCCGUCGUUCUUUCCCUUUUAUAUCAACUUCCCUUUUAUUUCUUUCUCCAGCAAUGACCUUCCCCCGGGGCCCCAGCCCGUCGUUCUUUCCCUUCUAUAUCAACUUCCCUUUUAUUUCUUUCUCCAGCAAUGACCUUCCCCCAGCCCGUCGUUCUUCCCAUCGUUCUUUCUCUUCGUUGAGGCGGUGGAGGCGGGAGCUACAGCUUUCGCUGCGAUGGCGGGAGGCAUGGCGGAAGAUUGGAAUUCAGGGUUCUGACAAGGAGGGAUUGAAGGGCAAGGUGCCUUUCCUCUUCACAGCCCUCUCCUUCUCCCUCCUCGCUUUCUCCUCUGCCGCCGCCGCCGCUUUGUCCUCGGAAAUUGCCGCCAGAGACGGCUUCCACUAUGAUUCGGACCCCGGCCUUGCCCCUGUCCCCGUUCUGCUCCUUUUCCUCACUCGGCGGCGGGCCCCACGAGGCGAAUUGGAGGAAGAAACAACGGCCGCCACGGCACCACGUGCCGCCGUGGUAGACCCAGUAACCAACGCUCUGGUCUCCUCCGACUGAAUUCCCCUCCUUCCCAUCGCCGGUGAUGAGAGCGAAAGGUGGGAAGGAAACACGGAAAGAAAGGAUAGUUUCACCUGUAAUCCUCGCCGUAAAAAGAAGAUUUUGGUGGUUAUGUAGCACUGCGCCUCGCGGGAUUAGGCCGUCCUGUUCCCGUUCCAACCCCACGUGGAUGUAAUCUGGCCGUACACCAAUCCGGCAAAUUCAUUGUGGAUGUCGCGGACGAGUUGGAGGUGAAGUUGGCAAGGUAGUCGUAGUUGAUGCAGAUUUGGGUGGCCUGGUAGUCGUGGUUGGUGUCUUCCAAUUGGCUUUCUAGCUUUUGAUGUGGGGUUUCUAUCUAGAAUGGUUCUAGUGUUAUUAAAAAAAUGGUUAUAGU